AGGAGACCUUCUCGAGUACCCAUCUUCACAUGCUUUCUAUUUAUUCCUACGGAUUUUCAACUAUUCUCCCCCAAAAAAUGAGUAUUUAGUCUCUGCUCAGUCUUGAAUGUGAAAAGUCAGUAGGAUUUUCUAUAUUUAUAUUCCUCGUGCCAAGUAAACAAUAAUUCGUAGCAAGUUGAAACGCGAUCGUGAUCUUUCUCAGUGCAACUACACCCACAGAGUGCACUGAAUUUACUCGAAAUACUGGAAAUCAGUUGCAAGCACUGCAUAAUCUCGUAAAUAGCAGCAAAAAUAUUGCCAAUGUCUCAUAGAAAACCCAACAUAAGUGAUCGUAAUCUAUAGGAAAAUUGGUAAAUUGUAGGAAAACCACAAGAAUGUGUCAGUGUGUUAAAGGCUUUGUGUUGGCCAGUCUCUUAUCAAUUGUGUCAUACUAAUCGCUGUCUUCGUGAAUUGAAUAAAAAGCCACUCUGAAAUAGUCGCAAACUCUCAGUGAAUCUCAACGCCUCACAAGUGAUAAGUCUUCCGCUGAAGAGAAAUUUUAGCAAGAGCUCUCAAUCUAAAUACCAAUUAGUCAAGUUGAUCUACAUAAAAAAGAUCACGUUCGGUGGCAAAAAAGGAAGUGUGGAGAAAGAAAUUCCGAGAAAUAUAAUGUCUUCAGCAGCAGUGAGAAAUGUUGUCGUGGACGUUGACGUGGGGUCGGACGAUGCCUGGGCCAUAUUGAUGCUUCUCAGGGCGCAAGAGCUGAAUCUCAUCAAUCUCCUUGGGAUUACGUGUGUAAAAGGAAACUCGACGGUUGACAAUGUGGCUAAGAACACUCUCAGAGUCCUUUCGAGCUUCGAGAGCAUUUCACCAUUGAAGCCUCCAGUGUUUUUGGGAGCUGCCAAUGAGAUGAUAGUGUUGGGAAAGCGACCAUUUGACGAUGAGGCCACAUUUCACGGCAGGGAUGGUCUCGGCGAUCUGGAAGAUUACUCAGAAGACGGAUCAGACACAAAAAACCUGGCCAAAGAACACGCUGUGAAUGCACUGGAGAGAAUUGUGAUGGAAAAUCCUAAGCAAGUGUCGCUCAUCUGUCUUGGGCCGCUCACAAAUUUGGGUCUCUGCCUCAGAAUGUAUCCUCAUGUGGCGGAAAACAUCGGAGAGGUUUACAUUAUGGGUGGAAAUCAUUUGGGAGUGGGAAAUAUCACAUCGUCUGCUGAAUUCAACUUUUUCAACGACCCUGAAGCUGCUCAAAUUGCUCUCGAUGCCCUGAAAUGCCCAAUAUUUCUUCUGCCCUGGGAGUCUUGCCUCGAGGAUAAGUUCUUCAUCACAAUGGAUUGGCGAAUGAACGUCUUGGGAGAGAUCACUAAUCGAAUAACCAGAUUCAUGAACCCCAUCGAGGAGAAGUGCUACCGAGAGUACAGCGAGUGGAUGCCCUGCGAUGCUCUGCUAACGGCCACCUUUCUCACCAGAAAUACUAUAGUUGAGAAGAGCAGCAUAUGGCAUGCAACAGUUGAGCUCUCUGGCUAUCACACGAGAGGACAACUCAUCCUCGAUCACUUGCGCAAGAAGAUCCCCAACUUAACAAUUCUCGAGAAAGUGAAUCAAGUCACAUUCAUGGAAAUGAUGCUCUGGACAGCGGGUCAUGAAAUUGAUGUUAAAAAAUUCUUACCCAGAAGCUAAUUGUUGACAUUCUUCAAUAAAUUUAAGAGAUUAUACACAUUAUCGAUGGAAAUGUCUGAACUCUUCCGGUAGUUCUCCAAAAUCCAGAUGACUUUCUGCCUCUUCUCCGGACUGUUGAGUUCAGUGAAAUUGAAGGAG